GAGGAGCUAUAGUGAGAACAGAGCUUACAGAGAUCUAGGGGGAUCAUGCAUAAACAAAAUGCCUUUAUACUCAAUCUUAUCAUGGGAUGCACUGUUAUACUCACCGAAGCUACAUCAUUCUUACGAUCAGGGAAGAAUGCCUGGUUGGUUCCGAAAUGCAGAACACUGUUGUCUCCUCCACCACCUCCCCCCUUUCCUCCAGCAACACAGACGUCCGCCCUUCUCGUUGAUGUAAAUGAACUUCUCAAAGGACUUAAGGGUGAAAAGGGCUGCAAAGGACCAAAGGGGCAGAUGGGUCGACCAGGUCGAAAAGGAAUAGAGGGAAGCCAAGGUCCUCCUGGUGAGAUGGGGCCUAUAGGCCAAAAGGGAGAGAAGGGGGACAGAGGCUGGCGUGGUUUAUUUGGUGACAUUGGUACACCAGGAACACAUGAGGGUCCUCAAGGGCGCACUGGUUCAAGGGGUGUGAAGGGACUUAAAGGUGACCCAGGAAAAAGAGGUGGAAAGGGUUACACAGGGAAGCCUGGUCUCCAUGGACAGAAGGGUGACACAGGACAAAAAGGAAACACUGGACUGCGAGGACUGGAUGGAUCUAUGGGAGCACCCGGAUAUAGAGGGAAAAAAGGAAUAAAAGGUGGUCAGGGACCCCAGGGAUUGACUGGACAUAAUGGAGUUGUGGGUAAACGAGGCUCAAUAGGUGAAACUGGUGCUUCAGGGAAAGUAUACAUUUUUCCAGGACACAGAGGAGAGGAAGGUGAUAAAGGCCCUCCAGCAUUUUGUAAUUGCUCUUUUGCAAAUUAUUUUGAGCCAAUCAGUGGACGGGGAAGACAUAAUUAUAAGGCUACAUCUAUUUACAUUGUGAAUGGCGAGAGUGAGAUGUCAGAGUUGAGAUAUGAAAAUGUCAUGGUCCUGAGGAGGGAUACUCACAUGCUGUUUGUCUACAAUGGCUAUGAAUGGAUUAAUGUACGUGCUCAGCUUCAGCAUAAAUGAGAAGCCAAACCACAUGUCUGAUGGAAUGUUUGUCACUUUUACCUGCUGUGUAAUAAAUGCA